AUGAAAACAUAUACACAUGUGUACACACCUUUGUUUAACUUUACCUUCUUGUCCACUGCUGUGAUUAAGUGUGAGGCAAGAAUCUUUUCCUUGGAGCAACUGAUCAUUCAUCCGUUCGGUAAACAUUUAUCUUGGGUCGUAGGAGUGGGAGACCUGAUUGUUUGGAAAGGGCUGUUUCUGAAGCUUCUUUUUGCAGUGUUUAUAUCCCAGGUGCGUGCCCAUCCCUGCCGGGCAGUGAUUCAGCAGCGCUUGGUAGUCUCUGAGGCAUGUAGCCUGCCCCCACCCUGGGCCUCCGUUCCCCUAUCUCAGGUGGAAAUCUCGUAUCCUAGUAAUCAGACUUCUGAUCAUGCAGGUGCCUGCAGUUUGCAUAUUUUUUUUUAA